UUAAUGCGGACAUUGGACACCUACGUACAGACGUAGCAUAUCAACGACACAACUUUUUUCCACAUUUGAAUAUGAUCUGAUCAAAUUAUAGCAUUAGUUUAUGACUAUGUAAAUAUCUCGAAUUUAAAUAAUUAAAUAACUAAUAUGAAGUUUGACGAAGUGUUUGAAAUUACUGGGCAUUUUGGACCUUAUCAGCUAGUGCUAUACAUUUUACUAGGCAUAGUAGGUAUACCAAACGGCUACCAGAAUUUAGCGACGACAUUUAUUGGAGGAAAACAGGAUCAUUGGUGUAAGAUCCCUGAACUGUCAAAUCUCACACACAAUCAGCAGAAAGUGGUCGGUAUACCCCUAAUACGAGAGUCGGAUGGCAACGUUCGGUAUGACCAAUGCUUCAUGUUCAAUUUGAGCUACAGUUCUUAUACGCACGAUGAAUUGAUCAAUUGGAACAGGACAGUGCAAGGCAUCGAUGACAGUACUCCGAAAUUAAAAUGUACAUCUUGGGUGUGGGAUCAAAGCCAGUAUCAGUCAACAAUCCUCAGUGAGUGGGACCUUGUAUGUGACAGAGCACCGUUAGUUCCUCUACUCAGCACCAUAUAUAUCUUCGGUAUGUUUGUUGGGGGAGUGUCUUCUGGAGCAUUGUCUGACAGAUUUGGUCGUAAGAAAGUGUUCCUGAUAGGUCUGUUCUUAGAGACAGUGUUUGCUUUGAUUGGGGCAUUCGCCACAAGUUACGCAUUCUUGGCAGUUAUAAGGUUUCUCGUGAGUGUUUCAGCUGCAGCAGCCUUUACAACCACAUUUGUACUCAUUAUGGAAUGUAUUGGACCUAAAGCACGAGUGUAUUGCGGGGUCUUGUACCAGGCGUUCUUCUCACUUGGAUUUGCGCUACUACCCCUCAUGGCAUACUUCAUACGAGACUUUAGAAAACUGCAAAUUGCUAUGGCGAUCCCACCAAUUAUAUUGCAAGUUUACUGGUUUAUUAUACCAGAGUCCCCUAGGUGGCUUGUUUCAAAAGGUCGACAUGAAGAGGCAAUUGAAAUUCUCAAGAAUGUAGCAAAAGUAAAUAAAAAGACUUUACCAGAAAAACUAACAUUUGAUACUGAAGAAGAUGGACAAUCUACAGACAACAAAGAAGUUGCCAUGAGAGAAUUCCAUUCUAUGAAAUCAACGGAGAAGAUGGUGCCAGACUCCACAGAAGUGAAAGGCACUGUUUUGGAUCUCUUCAGAACACCACGUCUGCGUUGCAGGACCUUCAAUAUUUGGUUCAAUUGGUUCGUAAACUCCAUGGUCUACUACGGGUUAUCAUUAAAUACAGGGAGUCUAUCAGGGGAUAUAUAUACGAAUACAACCUUAUCUGCACUUGUGGAGUUUCCAGCCCUACUUCUUGCCGCCGUGGCAUUGGAUAGAGUGAACAGGCGCUGGCCCUUGGGACUCACGAUGAUAACAGGGGGCGCUGCAUGUCUCGCAUGUAUCCCAUUGUUAUACAGAAAGAAGGAUCUCGGAGCAGUUCUGAAUACGAUAUCAAUGAUUGGAAAACUGAUGCUUUCUGCUUCAUUUGCCAUAAUAUACGUGUUCAGUGCCGAACUUUACCCCACAUGUAUACGAAACGUCGGAGUGGGUAGCGCAUCUACUGCUGCACGAGUAAGCGGAAUGGCUUCACCGUUUAUAGGCCGACUGAACGAGUUCUGGCCACCAAUACCGUCCAUUAUAUUUGGUGUCUUCUCGUUAGCAGCUGGGUUUCUAGCGUUUUUGCUUCCAGAGACCAAAGAUAAGAAACUACCAGAAACAUUAGAAGAAGGAGAGCGUUUUGGAUUAGAAGAUGACACUGAGCCUUUUGAAACAUUAGGCAAUGGUCAAAUAAACCAAGGCUUCAAAGAUGAUGUUGGCCUCCGUCCACUUUCAGUUGGAGAUGAUAAACCUAAGAUGGUCACCCAAUUGUGAGCACCAUACUCCAGUCCCGAUAGAAUAUAUGACAUAAGUGAUAGUGACAUCAUUUAUUCCUUGAGAGAAAGCCUUCUAUCGAGGAAAAAUGACAGAACGCUCUUUAAUUUCAAUUUCAUCCAUAUGGACAAUUGCAUCUGUACCUAAGCAUGUGCUUUGUUAUGUUCUAUAAUAUGUGUUUACAUAUAACUUGAUAUAUGCAAGUUUUUAUACUGUUCAAACAUAAAUAUCGUACGUAUAGAGUACUUAAAAAGAUAUAAAGACAAAGCAGCGCAAUUCUGCAAGAAUAGCUUCCAAUGCAUAAAAAAUUGACAAUCAAGAUACAACUCAGGGAAACAGCGUCUAUCAUGCAAUAAAUUUACUUAUCAUCAUAUUUUCUUUCUAUUGUAAAUACUAAAUACAUUAUUUGCUAUGAACAAAACAAACGCUCUUCUAUAAUUAUACACAUUAUUGC